AUGUCCCACUAUGAGCAGCGGGAGGGGAAGCCGCCUGUUAAAACCUCUCCUAAAGGCUUCACCACUUCUCCGCGCUACUGCUGCAACAAAGGGAGGUCACCUGUAACGUGUCUUUCUCCAGGGCCAGCCCUGGCUGUCCAGGCCCCAGUGGUGCUUCCCGAGGCAGCAGAGGACGCUGGUGAGAGCGGGGAGGUGCCCAGUUUCUUGGAGAGUGUCCUGUGGAUGGCUGCCCCCAAGAAGAGGCGCUCCAUCGAGGUGAACCGCUGCAGGCGCAGGGAUCACAGGAAGCUCAUAAAAGUGAAGAGAAACAUAGAUGUUUGCCCUGAAUGCGGACACUUGAAACUGAAGCACGCCCUCUGUGGCUAUUGCUAUGCAAAAGUUAAAGCAGAAACUCAACAGAUACGUCGUGAAAUACAAAAAAAGGAAGGAGGACCGUUUAAAGCUCCCACAGUAGAAACUGUAGUGCUCUACGAUGGAGAACAGCCCACAGAGAAAGAUGAAGGCAAGCGGAUCAUUGAAAGAGCCAGGAAGCGCCCAUCCUGGUUUAUUCAAAAUUGAGGCUAUAGAACCAAUAUAAACCAAAACAGUUGCUACGGCAAGAAAGAUGGUGCUUUUGCAGACCAUUUU